UAUUUGUCAAUUAUUAUUAUGAUUUCAGAGGUGUUUCCUUCUCUCACGGCUUCUUAGCUUGUGGUAUCUUCACUUGUUGCAUCUUCACCGCUUCUUAAGGUAUGUGAUAUACCAUUAAAAAAUUUUUAGAAACCAUUUAUCAUGUCUAAAUAUCUGAUUUGAUUUGAUUAUGUUGUGGCUAAUUCAUACUAAUUCAUUUUUGUUUUAUUUGGCAGGAAUGGAGAAAAGGUAUCCUAAGCGGCUUAUGGAAGAUGGAAGUGAGCCACAAGUUGGACAGAUAAACAAAUCAUGUCGAAUGUCUAUUUUGAACAUAAUAAAGAGCGCAUUACCAAAAGAGUAUGAGAUUGUGAAGGGUGAUCCAGUUUUCGCAAGGAUUUUUGCAUUGUAUGAGAAUGGUCUUGGGUACUCAGCUCGGUUGAUACACAAUAUGAUGUGUUUCAGUUGGUGACUAAGCGAAGACAUGAACUCUGGUUUGUGUUUGGUAAGAAGCCACUUAGAUUCUCGAUGCAAGAAUUUCAUGCAGUUAUUGGGCUAAAGUUCGAUGAUGAUUUUAGUGGUGAUUCAGAGGAAUGGACAGAUGAUAAUGGGUUUUGGAGUAAAUUGUUGAAGAGAGGUGGUAUCAUGACCAUUCAAAGUUUGAUGAAGACCCACCUUGAAGCAGCUCCAUCGUGGGGAAAAAUAGAAAAUAGGAUUCAGUUUGUGUAAUUGUUGGGUUGGUAGUGGCUAAGGAUGAGAAGAAAGCUAUACCAUAUUCAUACAUCAAGCUGGUCAUGGAUCUUGAGAAGGUUAGGAGUUAUCCUUGGAGUCUUGUAGCUUUUGACCAUUUAGUUAGCUCUAUAAUGGAAGCAAGAAAGAAACUAAAGAACCCCAUAAGUUACAUCCUCAAUGGUUUCUCAUACGCUCUUCAAGUUUGGGUUAUGGAAGCCAUUCCUCUCAUUGGACAACUUAUGGGAGAGAAGAUUGACAAAGAGAUUACAGUUGGUCGAUGCUCUAAUUGGAAAGGUGCUGCAAAAGUUUCCAAUGAAGAGUUCCUUCUUGUAGAGAAAUCAAUUGGAAACAAGGAUGUUGUAUAUCCAUACAUUUCCUCCACCGAAAACUGUGAUGUAUAUGAGUCCAUUAAAUUUAUUGGGAGUGAUGAAAUUAAAGAUUGUGAAGUGGACAACUUGGAGGCUUUGAUCAGAUCUGGCUAUAAUUUUGGAGAUCAUAUUUGGGAGAGUGUCGAAGGAUAUGGUGUGAAAGAUGAUAAUAUUGAGAAUGUUGAAGAACAAUCUCAUACUGUUGGAGGGAAUAAUGAAGUUUCGGUUGGUAUAGAGAGUGGUGAGAAGCAAGCUAACACCCCAACAGUGUCUAACUUGAAGAAGAGGAAGAAGAAGCAAGUAGAUCAUGGAGCAGAAACAUGGGAUAGUGCUAUCUUAGCGAACAUCAACUUCACACAAGUCAUCUAAGUAAGAUAAGGGGUGUUCUUGUGACUUGUGAGUUGUGUGACUUAUCCACCAAUUUACGUCGAAAGAUUCUGUCGACACAUAACCUGUUAGAGAACAAAACUAGACUAUUUCUUUAGAAAUACAAAUUAGAAUUCCAAAUUA